CACCAUUUCCCUCAUUCCAUUUUUCCUUUGGUUUAGAAUCCCAUCUUUACUCUGCUCUUUCUGUUGGUCCCCUCUCAAGUCAUCUUCGCUCGCCCUAUUUCUCUACCUCUCCAAACAAGGAAGCGUCUUUUCGCGUGUUAAACCACUAAAGAAAGCACGCCACCAAUGUCAACAAGACCCACAGUGCUCAUUGUCGGAGCUGGUCUGGGAGGUCUCACCCUGGGCGUUCUCCUCGAACGCGCUGGAAUCCCAUACGAGAUCUUUGAAAGGGCUGCCGUAGUUAAACCUCUAGGGUCGGCACUCUCGCUCGGUACUAGUGUCAUUCCACUCUUUAAGCAAAUUGGUAUCUACGACGAAUUCGUGAACCAGGCAAUCGUUCGCUAUACGACUCAAGUGUACAACGAGAAACGAGAAAUCGACUUUGUCCUCGACUCCAAACCCGGCGCAGAAAUGGGUGGACACGACGGGUAUAUUAUCAGUCGUCCGGUCAUCUACGACAUCCUACGAAAACAAAUACCUUCACACAAGAUUCACAUGUCCAAGCGCGUGCUUCAGAUCCGUCAGAAUGAAGAUGAGGUCAUGAUCCUAUGCGCGGACAAUUCCAUGUAUUUUGGACACAUCAUCGUCGGUGCGGACGGAGCCUAUUCCGGUGUGCGUCAAAGCAUGUACAAGGAAAUGAUGGCCGACAAGAGGUUGCCAAAGUUGGAUCAGCAGGAUCUGCCAUACAGCUGCACGUGUCUCGUUGGACAGACGCGACCGCUGGAUCCAGAAAAGUUCCCGGAGCUCAAGGUCCCGGAGUGCAGUUUUGACUGCGUGCUGAGUGAGGACAAGCCCUAUACUUGGGUGACGUUCACGGCCAAGAAUAACAUUAUCUGCUGGAUGGUCGUCCACCAUCUCAACAAAGUCUCGUCAAAGUACAACGACAGCUUCCGGAAUUCGGAGUGGGGCCCUGAAGCUGCAGAAUCCAUGUGUAAGGCCGUCCGUGAUUUCCCCAUUCCCGGAGGCGAUGGUCAACUGACGCUAGGCCAUUUGAUCGACAACACUGACAAAGAUUUGAUCUCGAAAGUGACGCUGGAGGAGAAGGUCUUUAAGACGUGGCAUGAUCGUCGACUGGUACUUAUGGGUGAUGCUUGUCACAAGAUGAACCCUUCCGGCGGACAGGGGGCAGGGAACGCACUGCAGGACGCGAUCACUUUGGCGAACUGGAUCAACGUGUUGCAGAGUAACGAUGUGAAGGAAAUAAGCAAGAUCUUUGAAGAGUAUAGGGCGGAACGGUACCCACAUGCUGUAGCCGCCUUUGAGAGUUCCAAAAUGUUUAGUAGAAUCAUUGCCAAGGACUUUUCAGGAGCACUUGUUCGGUUUACGACUAGGCGCAUGCCAAAAUGGUUAUGGAUGAUAGCUCUUCGCAAGAUGGCUUCCAAUAGGCCUCAGGUGGCAUUCCUUCCACUAGUUGAGGACAAGGGAACUGUCAAACCUACAUACCAACCUUCGUUGUACAAGACGCGUAAGAUCGCAGUAGUUCCAAGGCCAGCAGAUCGACAAAGCGCCAACAGCACCCACAGCAGCAGCACCCACAGUAACAUCAGUAGCCCUCACAGCCGCCACCAUGACUCUGUGGCUUCAGAGAAAGGAAGUUUGGGGCAGAUAUCCGCACAUGGUGUCUCAUCAAAAACUGGAGCUGAGCGUGGAGUUUCUUAUGGACGGUGCCUGCCUGCGAACCGAUGA